AUGCUAGGACGUACUCAAGUUACAACCCUAAGACGUUUCAUCAGAUUAUACUCCCAAUUACCAUUGAAGGUCCCAGUUCAACUUCCAAAUGGUAUCACAUACGAGCAACCAACUGGUCUAUUCAUCAAUGGUGAGUUUGUGCCAUCUAGACAACACAAGACUUUUGAAGUGUUGAACCCUUCCAACGAAGAAGAAAUUACCCAUAUUUAUGAAGCACGUGAAGAUGACGUGGAUAUCGCUGUCGCUGCAGCUAAAAAAGCCUUCAACAACGGUUGGUCUACUGCUGAACCAGAAGAUAGAGCUAAAUGUUUGCUGAAGUUGGCUGAUUUGAUUGACCAACAUGCAGAGACUUUGGCUUCUAUCGAAUCUUUGGAUAACGGUAAAUCCCUAUUUUGCUCACGUGGUGAUGUGGCGCUAGUUGCCAAAUACUUAAGGUCAUGUGCCGGUUGGGCUGAUAAGAUUUAUGGUAAGGUUAUCGAUACUGGCGCUGACCAUUUCUCAUACACCAAGAGAGAACCAUUGGGUGUAUGUGGUCAAAUUAUCCCAUGGAAUUUCCCACUAUUGAUGUGGUCCUGGAAAGUUGGUCCAGCUUUGGCUACCGGUAACACUGUGGUGUUGAAACCUGCUGAAGCAACUCCAUUGUCUGCUCUAUAUGCAUGCCAAUUGGUGCAAGAAGCUGGUGUACCAAAGGGUGUUGUUAACAUCAUCCCAGGUUUCGGUAAAAUCGUCGGUGAAAGAAUUUGUACCCAUCCUGACAUCAAGAAGGUCGCUUUCACUGGUUCCACUGCUACUGGUCGUCACAUUAUGAAAACUUGUGCCGAUUCCAUCAAGAAGGUCACUUUAGAACUUGGUGGUAAGUCUCCAAAUAUCGUUUUCGGUGAUGCUGACUUGGAUAAAGCUGUUAAGAACAUUGCUUUUGGUAUCUUCUACAACUCCGGUGAAGUCUGUUGCGCAGGUUCAAGAAUUUACGUUCAAGAUACUGUUUACGAAGAGGUCUUAGAAAAAUUCAAGCAAUACGCUGAAUCUCUAAAGGUCGGUAAUCCAUUCGAAGAAAACGUUUUCCAAGGUGCUCAAACUUCUCAAAUGCAAAUUGACAAGAUCUUAUCCUAUGUUGAUGUCGGUACUUCUGAAGGUGCUCGUGUCAUCACUGGUGGUGAAAGAAUCGGUAACAAGGGUUACUUUAUCAAGCCAACUAUCUUUGCUGAUGUUAAAGAAGACAUGCAAAUUGUUAAGGAAGAAAUCUUUGGUCCUGUUGUAACAGUCUCUAAGUUCACUACCGUUGACGAAGUCGUCGCUAAGGCUAACGACUCUGAAUAUGGUCUUGCUGCCGGUAUUCACACUAAGGAUGUUAACAAGGCUAUUGACGUUUCCAACAGAGUUAAGGCCGGUACCGUCUGGAUUAACACCUACAACAACUUCCAUCAAAAUGUUCCAUUCGGUGGUUUCGGCCAAUCCGGUAUCGGUAGAGAGAUGGGUGCUGAAGCUUUAGAUAACUACACCCAAACAAAGGCUGUCAGAAUGGCCAUUGACCACCCAAACUAUUAA